AGGAGAGGCCCCCAGCAAAGAAGUCUGCACUGAAACGUGCCAAAAAAACCCUGCUCACCUGGUGUCAGCCAAGUAAAGAGCCAUCAUGUCGGACCCUGAGAUGGAGUGUUUUGGCCCGGCGGCCAUUUACCUCCGGAAGCCAGAAAGAGAGAGGAUUGAGGCACAGAAUACUCCAUUUGAUGCUAAAACAGCAUACUUUGUGACAGAAGCUACAGAGAUGUACCUCAAGGGGAAACUUGUCAAGAGGGAGGGUGGCAAAGCCACUGUAGAGACUCUCGGCGGAAAGAGUCUCACUGUAAAAGAAGAUGACAUCUUCCCCAUGAACCCUCCAAAGUUUGAUAAGAUUGAGGACAUGGCCAUGAUGACCCACCUCAGCGAGCCUGCUGUGCUGUAUAACCUCAAAGAGCGCUAUGCAGCAUGGAUGAUCUACACAUACUCCGGGCUGUUCUGUGUGACUGUGAAUCCCUACAAGUGGCUCCCAGUGUACGACGCAGUGGUCGUAGGAGGAUACAGAGGCAAAAAGAGGAUUGAGGCCCCCCCCCACAUCUUCUCUAUCUCUGACAAUGCCUAUCAGUUCAUGCUCCAAGACAGAGAAAACCAGUCCAUCCUGAUCACUGGAGAAUCUGGUGCAGGGAAGACUGUCAACACCAAACGUGUCAUCCAGUACUUUGCGACAAUCGCAGUGGCUGGAGGAAAGAAAGCAGAGCCUGUUCCAGGAAAAAUGCAGGGGUCACUGGAAGAUCAAAUCAUUGCAGCCAACCCACUGCUGGAGGCUUAUGGUAAUGCCAAGACUGUGAGGAAUGACAACUCUUCCCGUUUUGGUAAAUUUAUCAGAAUCCACUUUGGGUCAACUGGAAAACUGGCUUCAGCUGAUAUUGAAACAUAUCUGCUGGAGAAGUCCAGAGUUACUUUCCAGCUGUGUGCAGAGAGGAGCUACCAUAUCUUCUAUCAGCUCACAACAGGACACAAACCUGAGCUUAUAGAGGCUCUCCUGAUCACCACAAAUCCCUACGACUAUCCCAUGAUCAGUCAGGGGGAAAUCACAGUCAAGAGUAUCAAUGACGUUGAAGAAUUCAUCGCAACUGAUACUGCUAUUGACAUUCUGGGCUUCACAGCAGAAGAGAAGGCCAGCAUGUAUAAACUGACUGGAGCUGUGAUGCAUCAUGGGAACAUGAAGUUCAAGCAGAAGCAGCGUGAAGAGCAGGCUGAGCCUGAUGGCACUGAGGUGGCUGAUAAAAUCGCCUACCUGAUGGGACUGAACUCCGCUGAUUUGCUGAAAGCUCUGUGCUACCCCAGAGUGAAGGUCGGAAAUGAGUUUGUGACCAAAGGUCAAACCGUCCCUCAGGUCAACAACGCUGUCAUGGCACUCUCCAAGUCUGUCUAUGAGAAAAUGUUCUUGUGGAUGGUGAUCAGAAUCAAUGAGAUGUUGGACACCAAGCAGCCCAGAAGCUUUUUCAUUGGUGUCCUGGAUAUUGCUGGGUUUGAAAUCUUUGAUUUCAACAGCUUGGAGCAGCUGUGUAUCAACUUCACCAAUGAAAAACUGCAACAGUUUUUCAACCAUCACAUGUUUGUGCUGGAGCAAGAGGAGUACAAGAAGGAGGGAAUUGAAUGGGAGUUCAUUGACUUUGGUAUGGAUCUGGCUGCCUGCAUUGAGCUGAUUGAAAAGCCAAUGGGCAUCUUCUCCAUCCUUGAAGAGGAGUGUAUGUUCCCCAAGGCAACAGACAUGACCUUCAAGAACAAAUUGUAUGACCAGCAUAUCGGUAAAAGUGCCCCAUUCCAGAAACCCAAGCCUGCUAAAGGCAAGGCUGAGGCUCACUUUGCCCUGGUGCACUAUGCUGGUACUGUUGAUUACAACGUCCUUGGAUGGCUCGAUAAGAACAAAGACCCUCUGAAUGACUCAGCGGUUCAGCUCUACCAGAAGUCAUCAGCCAAACUUUUGGCUUUCCUUUAUGCAUCUCACGCCUCAGGAGACGAGGGAGGUGCCAAAAAAGGUGGCAAGAAAAAGGGUGGGUCUUUUCAGACUGUGUCUGCUCUGUUCAGGGAGAACCUGGGCAAGCUAAUGACCAACUUAAGGAGUACCCAUCCACAUUUUGUACGUUGUUUGAUUCCAAAUGAAUCAAAGACACCUGGCCUCAUGGAGAACUUUCUGGUCAUCCACCAGCUGAGGUGUAACGGUGUGCUGGAAGGAAUCAGGAUCUGCAGGAAAGGUUUCCCCAGCAGAAUCCUUUAUGGUGACUUCAAGCAGAGAUACAAAGUAUUGAAUGCUAGUGUCAUCCCUGAGGGACAGUUCAUCGACAACAAAAAGGCCUCUGAGAAACUCCUGGGAUCCAUUAAUGUUGACCACUCUCAGUAUAAAUUUGGACACACAAAGGUGUUCUUUAAAGCUGGACUGUUGGGCUUACUGGAGGAGAUGAGAGAUGAGAAAUUAGCUGAGCUGGUCACAAUGACUCAGGCUCUCUGCAGAGGUUUCCUUAUGAGACGCGAGUUUGUGAAGAUGAUGGAGAGGAGGGAGGCCAUUUACUCCAUCCAAUACAACAUCCGCUCAUUCAUGAAUGUCAAAACAUGGCCAUGGAUGAAGCUCUACUUCAAGAUUAAGCCUCUGCUGAAGAGCGCAGAGGCUGAGAAAGAGAUGGCACAGAUGAAAGAAGAUUUUGAAAAGACAAAAGAGGAGCUAGCCAAGGCUCUGGCUAAGAAGAAAGAACUGGAGGAGAAGAUGGUAACACUUCUUCAGGAGAAGAAUGACCUGCAGCUACAAAUUGCAUCUGAAAUGGAAACUCUCAGUGAUGCAGAGGAAAGGUGUGAGGGGCUCAUCAAAGCAAAAAUCCAGCUUGAGGCCAAAGUCAAAGAGACGGCUGAAAGACUAGAGGAUGAGGAGGAAAUAAAUGCUGAGCUGACAGCAAAGAAGAGGAAGCUGGAGGACGAGUGCUCUGAGUUGAAGAAAGACAUCGAUGACUUGGAGCUCACCUUGGCAAAAGUGGAAAAGGAGAAACAUGCCACUGAGAACAAGGUUAAAAAUCUUGUGGAAGAAAUGACAUCUCAAGAUGAAACCAUUGCCAAGCUGACUAAGGAGAAGAAAGCCCUCCAAGAAGCCCAUCAACAGACCCUUGAUGAUCUCCAGGCAGAGGAAGACAAAGUCAACACUCUGACAAAGGCUAAAGUCAAGCUGGAGCAACAAGUGGAUGACCUUGAAGGUUCCUUGGAGCAAGAAAAGAAGCUUCGCAUGGACCUUGAGCGAGCUAAAAGAAAGCUUGAAGGUGAUCUUAAACUGGCCCAAGAAACCAUCAUGGAUUUGGAGAAUGACAAGCAGCAAACUGAAGAGAAAUUAAAGAAGAAGGACUUUGAAACAAGCCAACUUCUUAGCAAGAUUGAGGAUGAGCAAUCUCUCUGUGCUCAGCUCCAGAAGAAGAUCAAAGAACUUCAGGCUCGUAUCGAGGAGCUGGAGGAAGAGAUUGAAGCAGAGCGCGCUGCUCGAGCCAAGGUAGAGAAGCAGAGAUCUGAUCUCUCCAGGGAACUUGAAGAGAUCAGCGAGAGGCUUGAAGAAGCUGGUGGGGCAACAUCUGUGCAGAUUGAGAUGAACAAGAAGCGAGAGGCCGAGUUUCAGAAGCUGCGACGUGACCUCGAAGAGUCCACCCUGCAGCAUGAAGCCACUGCAGCAGCCCUCCGCAAGAAGCAGGCCGACAGCGUGGCAGAGCUGGGAGAACAGAUUGAUAAUCUCCAGAGAGUCAAACAGAAGCUGGAGAAAGAGAAGAGCGAAUACAAGAUGGAGAUUGAUGACCUCACAAGCAAUAUGGAGUCUAUAUCAAAAUCAAAGACCAACCUGGAAAAAAUGUGUCGUACACUUGAGGAUCAACUGAGUGAGAUGAAGACCAAAUAUGAAGAACAUGUACGACAACUGAAUGACAUUGGGGUACAAAGGGCAAGACUGCAGACAGAAAAUGGUGAAAUAAGUCGUCAGUUGGAGGAGAAAGAGGCUCUUGUCUCUCAGCUGACAAGGAGCAAGCAGGCUUAUACUCAGCAAAUUGAGGAGCUCAAGAGGCACAUAGAGGAGGAAGUUAAAGCCAAGAAUGCCCUGGCUCAUGCUGUCCAGUCAUCUCGGCAUGACUGCGAUCUGCUCCGGGAGCAGUAUGAGGAGGAGCAAGAGGCUAAAGCUGAGCUGCAGCGUGGAAUGUCCAAGGCCAACAGUGAGGUGGCUCAGUGGAGAACCAAAUACGAGACUGAUGCCAUUCAACGCACUGAGGAGCUGGAGGAGGCUAAGAAAAAGCUUGCCCAGCGUCUUCAGGAUGCAGAGGAAUCCAUUGAGGCUGUGAAUGCAAAAUGCGCCUCUCUUGAGAAGACUAAACAGAGGCUUCAUGGUGAAGUGGAGGAUCUGAUGAUUGAUGUGGAGAGAGCUAAUGCUCUUGCUGCAAGCCUUGACAAGAAACAAAGGAACUUUGACAAGGUGCUCGCAGAGUGGAAGCAGAAGUAUGAGGAAUGCCAGGCAGAGCUUGAGGGGUCUCAAAAAGAAGCUCGCUCUCUUAGCACUGAGAUGUUCAAGAUGAAAAAUUCAUAUGAAGAGGCUCUGGACCAUCUGGAGACCCUGAAGAGGGAGAAUAAGAACCUACAACAGGAGAUCUCUGAUCUGACUGAGCAAAUUGGAGAGACUGGAAAAACAAUUCACGAACUGGAAAAAUCCAAAAAGAGUGUUGAGAUCGAGAAGACUGAACUUCAGACCUCACUUGAAGAGGCAGAGGCUACACUCGAGCAUGAGGAAUCCAAGAUUCUUCGUAUUCAGCUUGAACUCACCCAAGUCAAGAGUGAAGUUGACAGAAAAAUUGCAGAGAAGGAUGAGGAGAUUGAGCAGAUCAAGAGGAACAGCCAGAGAGUGAUUGAGUCAAUGCAGAGCACUUUGGAUGCUGAGAUCAGGAGCAGAAAUGAUGCCCUGAGAAUCAAGAAAAAGAUGGAGGGAGACCUCAAUGAGAUGGAGAUUCAGCUGAGCCACGCCAACCGGCAGGCAACUGAAGCCCAGAAACAGCUGAGGAACGUGCAAGCGCAGCUGAAGGAUGCCCAACUGCACCUUGAUGAAGCUAUCAGGGGUCAGGAGGAAAUGAGGGAGCAGGUCGCCAUGGUGGAGCGCAGGAACAACCUGAUGAUAGCUGAGAUUGAGGAGCUGAGAGCUGCUCUGGAGCAGACUGACAGGAGCCGCAAAAUAGCUGAACAGGAGCUGGUGGAUGCCAGCGAGCGUGUGACGCUGCUGCACUCUCAGAACACCAGCCUCAUCAACACCAAGAAGAAGCUGGAAGCCGAUCUCAUCCAGAUCCAGGGUGAAGUGGAAGAUGCUGUCCAGGAAGCAAGAAAUGCUGAAGAAAAGGCAAAGAAGGCCAUCACAGAUGCUGCCAUGAUGGCAGAGGAGCUGAAGAAGGAGCAGGACACCAGCGCUCACUUGGAGAGGAUGAAGAAGAACUUGGAGGUGACUGUGAAGGACCUGCAGCACCGCCUUGAUGAAGCUGAGAAUCUGGCGAUGAAGGGGGGCAAGAAGCAGCUCCAGAAACUGGAGGCUAGGGUUCGAGAAUUGGAGUCUGAGGUUGAUGUUGAACAGAGACGUGGUGCUGAAGCAAUCAAAGGAGUGCGUAAAUAUGAGAGAAGAGUAAAGGAGCUCACCUAUCAGACUGAGGAGGACAAGAAGAAUAUAGCCCGUCUUCAGGAUCUGGUGGACAAACUGCAACUGAAAGUGAAAUCCUACAAGAGACAGGCUGAGGAAGCUGAGGAGCAGGCCAACACUCACCUGACCAGGUACAGGAAAGUGCAGCAUGAGAUGGAGGAGGCUCAGGAGCGUGCUGACAUUGCUGAGUCCCAGGUCAACAAGCUGAGGGUAAAAAGCCGUGAAAUUGUCAAGGUACAGAUCAAGAGCAAGGAAGCAGAGGAGUGAGGAAGAAAUCCAAGAUGACCAGUAACAAGAAGUCAUACAAUAUGGCCAUCUUGUUUCUCGUUUUCUCUAGCAUAUUAUGAAAGCUUUUCAAUAAAAGCAGAUCAUAAUGUA